GGGGAAGGACUAUUGAGCUGCCGGUAUAACGGAGCGCUGCAGAGUAGUACCUACGGUAGGAUACCGCCCUGUGAGCAAAACCGGUGUGGCGGAUUUGUUUGUAUCCCCUCUCUAUGGCUUCAUUAGGCGCAGGUGCUGAACCAGAGAGCGUUCUAUUUGGCAAGGACGGAACCGAGGCCUGUGAGAGCCCCGAGGGGCGGAGAAGUGGACGGAGGAAGCGGACGAAGAUUGUACCAGUUUGGGAGAACAAGCCAUGUGGAUCUUCACGUAGCCUAGUGAGGAGAAUUGGGUCUCACCUGCCACUGAAGCCAUGUACCAGAGCUUGCUUUGAGGCUUUACCACCUGCUUCUAAUUUGUACUUAAAUGAUACGCCAAUGGUCCCAACACUAGCAGAUGUUAAGUGGCUUGCUGCAGAUGAUGAUGAGACAUAUGCAAGAGUGAGGAGUGACACAAGACCUCUGAAACAUAAAUGGAGGCCGAGCCCACUUUUAGUGAUGCAGAGAAAUUCCUCUGUCCCCAAUCUGAAAAUGAAAGAAGAAAAAAUGUUUUGUUUAAAGAAACCUGGCUUAUCCUUAAAUAGGUCAUCAGACAUACAAGAGGAGCUUAGCAUUCUGAGAAGUCAGAUAGCAAGAAUUGUUGCUGGCGAUUCAGCUUCCUCCUGCUUGGGAUCAGAUUCCAUACCUGUAAAUGUGGAUCUGGAAGCGUCACUUCCUGACUAUGGCCCUUCCUAUCAAUCCACCACUUCAUUUGUAAUUAGUGACAUCACAGAAGAAGAUGAAUUGGAUGUGUCCGAGUACUCCUCUGCUUCACUAGUUGAUUCAACCAUAAGCCUGCAGCGGCAAGUGGAAAGCAAUAUGUCAGAUGAUGAUGAAGACUCGCUGUGCCUAUCAAAAUCCAAUAGUUUUGCAGAUAUGAUGGGAAUUUUGAAGGACAUCCACAAGAUGAAACUAAAUAGAGAUUGGUCAAACAGAAAUCAGUGUUUACACAAAGAAGAAGAUCCAGUCAAUCUUAUAUCAGAAGUUUUAAGGCAAAAGUUUGCACUUUGUGAUCCAGAUAGUGUUAAAAAUGAAUGAUCAACCAAGAAGUACAUUAACUUAUUGUUAUUUAGUAAAAACUUGUAAAGGUCACCUAUUUUGUUAAAAAAUAGCCACAGGGCACAAAAACCUAAAAAAGGGGUUUGUUUUCAUGAGUUCUUCAUUUAUGUAAUCUUAAAUUCAUAUUUUAGAUUAGAAUGGAUUUGUGUUCUCAGUGGAAACAAAUGCCAUUGUUUUGUGUUCAAAGUGAGUGGAAUAAUAUGUUACAUUUACAGCAGUCUUGGCAUGGUAGCCGGUAUAUGCCUCUCCCUAGCAACAGUUUGUUACCAACAUUAAAAAGGUGAUUACUUGCA